AUUUACAACUAUUUUAAGAAAUGGCUCUUAAUUUAAAGGCUAUUUCUAUCCGAAAAAAAAAUUUAAAUAUACGACCUACGGAGCGAUAUGUGGGGGGUUCCUAUAUAUAUAUAUAUCGACGAGUCAGUGCCUUGUAUACUUUGAAAAAAAUUGAUAUCCAACUAGAUGUCGCCGCAUAUUCAGUCUCUUACGUUAGAACAUCAUUGAUAAUCUGGCGCUUUAUCACCGUCUUAAAAGAGCUAAAACAAACGCGUCGAUUACCGAUUUCAUUGUAUUCAAUUGUUUCUAAAUAUUCAGUUUAUAUUUAUCGUGGAUAUUUAAGAAAAAUAAUGAAGUUUUUCAGUCUACUAUUAUUUUUGCUUUGUUUCUGUAGUAGUCUAUGUAGUACAAGAGAAAUCACACAUGAGGAUAUAAAAGAUGCUAUGUUAAGUUUGGUACAUAUGAUGCGAGAAAACACAGAAAAAUUGGAAAGACAUGAAGUGCGUGAGCGACAGUUAGGAGAGCAAUUAAAAAAAGCUAUAUCUGUAUUAACAAAGCGAGUAUCUGCCAUAGAUGGAUUAAAACAGCAAUUUACAAAAUUAGAUGAACGAUUUGCAGGAAUUGAACAAUUAAUUGCACAGAGGGAUGAGCGAGAGCGUAUACAAAUGCAGAAAACAACAGAUGCUUUGGAAGAUUUGGAAGUUAAAUUAGAAGGAUGGUUAACAGAUAUAGAAACUAAAAUAACCAAAGUUCAUGAUAUAUCAUUAAAUCAUAGAGAAAUAAAUCCUGAUAUUUUAUCCAAAUUAAAUAAUACAGAAUUAUUGCUUAUAGGACACAUUACAGAUCUUGAAUUUACUUUAAAAUCAACAUCAAUGGAAUUAAAAGAAACUGUAACAAAUCAGUUAAACAAAGCACAAUCAAUGGAUAUGAAGUUGCAAGAUAUUAAUGAUAAUUUAAAAAAUGUUAAAAAUUCAAUGGAAAUUAUUAAAGAAUCAUCUAAAUCUCCAAAGAAAUAUUUAGACGAACAAUUAAAUAUCUUUUUACUAGUGAAAGAACAAAGUAAAGCAUUGAAAGAUAUUGAAGAGUUGGUAAGAAAUUCUAUAGGAGAUAUUCAUGAAUUACCACAAGUUAAUGAAGCUCGGACAUUGCACAAUGAAACAGAAUUACUUUUACAAGAAACUAAACACACAAUUAAAGAUAUCAUUAUUAAAGAAAGUACUGAUAUACAAAAUAAAAUAAUGAAAAGUAAAGAAGAGUCAAAAGAUACAGUUGAAGCAUUAAGGAUGGCUAUGGCAGAUAAUUCUAAUCAUGUAAGCAAGGAAUUACAUGAUCUUAGCAAAGGUCAAUUAUUAAUGGUUUCAAUGGCUGAUCAUGUAUUAGAUACGAAAAAAAGAGUAGAAUAUGGCGUACAUCAAAUUCUUUUGGAAGUAGGAGACUUAGUGAAGGCACAGAGUAAAAAUAUUAACAAUACAAUCAAUACAAGAUUCGAUGGAAUCUCUAAUGAUAUAAUGGACAAUCAGAAUGGUGCUUUAGCAAAUUUAACUACCAAAAUGGAACAAGAAAUGAAUCAGGUUUGGAGACAAAUAAAUGUAAUGUAUCAGCAAAUGACAGAGAGUGCGAAAGCUUUAGACAAAUUACAUAAGCAAAAUGAAGUUUAUAUUAAUGGUACAACUUCUACUAUGGAUGGAAUGGAAAAUAAAGUAAGCGAAAUAACAAAGCGUAUGACAGAAGUAGAUAAGAACUUAAAUUAUCUAUUGGGUCGUCUUUUAUUGGUAACACAAGAAUUUAACCAAAUUAAGAGUGGAUUAGGUACAGCAUUAGACAACAUUAAAGCCUCUUUUAAAGAAGUGCAAGAAAAAGCCAGUGAUUUAAGUAAUCCAGGACCAUAUCCAGUGCCUGAAAAUUAUAGUGAACUAAAUGAACCAAGAACUAACUAAUUAUAUAUACAUGCAAAAUAUGGCAUUGCAAGAAAGAACGUAUGAAGAAUAUGGCAUGGAAAUUCAAUGCUGUGAUUUUUUGAUGUAACUAUUAAAGUAUCCAAGUUCUUAUGUAAUCUAAGGCUCAAAGUUUUAGGAAUAGUUCCUACCGUAUUGAUAGAUGACUGUAGUGUCGUUGGGAAUUGAACGCCAUCUCUAUCGUCUGUACGUAUUGAUGUGACGUCACUAUGCAAAGGAAAUUACACCUAACGUCAUUCGCCUAGAACAAAACAGAAGGGCGGGAAUGAUUCUAUUAAAUGCUUAGUCUAUUCUACAUGUUAAUCGAUCUACGGUCUAGAUUUAAGGUUAUGACUGCAGUAUAGUCGUUUGGUUCACUUUAUCAUAUCUUUGAAGAUAUUUAUAUUCAGUAUCAAUUUAUCAGAGGAAAAACGAACAACAUGUUUACAAAUGUUCGAUAAAGUGUAUAUAUUUUCUUUCUAUGUUUGUCGUUUGUAAAUAAAUUGCAAAUAUGGUUUUUGAAUCAAUUA